AGUGAUACUGGAACGAGAGCGUCGAACGCCUUGCAUCUGGGCUAUUGUGAUGGUACCUACAUGCCUCCGUAUUUCACCUCUCCUCUGUCAGGUGCCGACUCUCUGUCGGGUGCAGCCGAUGCUAGCACCGCAACACCGCUACUAUCAGCCGCACCUCAAGCCGUGAAUGCGUUACUGGCUCAAAGUGCUCAAUACACUACCAGCGGACUAGUGAACACCAAGAAAUGCUGUCAGACUUGUGGUACCUCGCUGGCUGACGACACACCAAACCCGCCCGAUGGUGGUUUUCUUCUGUGUGAACCGUGUGCCACCAGAAUGCAGAUGAACUCUGCUACUGGAGCUGUUACAGCCGCAGAUCUCACUCAUUUACAGCAAUUACCACAGGUACUCAACAAACAUUCCUCACGUCGAUCGUACUGA